AUGUCCGGAACCGCCCCGAACGAUGCCGCGCCCGGCGACCCCGCCGCCGCCGACGACGGUAUCCAGCAGUCGUCCCUGGGUGACGCGAACCAGCACGAAAGACACACUAAUCGCGCGGGUGGGUGCAGGUACGCCGUCGACGAGGCCAAGGACACCAACACCACCAACACCACCACCCACGACACGCCAGCCGCGGCGGGUCACCACGCGGGAGAGGCGGGCGACGCGGGCGACGGCGACGGCUCGAAGCACCACAAGGGCGCGCUGUCGGGCCUCGUGGACAACAUCGUCAACAAGGCGCUGGGCUUCGGCGGCGCGUCCGAGGCGGCGGAGCGCAAGGCCGAGGCGGACCACCACCAUCAUCACCCGCCGGGCAGGCAUCCUUGA